AAAAAGUUGAGAAAAUAUUUUAAAUUAGUGUAAUAAAAUGUGUAAGUUGGUAAUGAGUAAUGAGUUAAGUUACUUGAUACGCUGGCCCGAACAACCCGACACCCGACCCGCCCGCAACCUGCCCGACCCAAAACCCGAUGAACCCGCAACCUGAUUUGCCCGCAACCCGAUUGAAUCCGAACCCGAUGAACCCGCAACACGACUAACCCGCAACCUAUUUGAACCCGAACCCGAUGAACCCGCAACCCGACUAACCUGCAACCCGUUUGAACCCGAACCUGAUUGAACCUUGCCCGAACCCGCCCGAACCCCCCUGAUUGACACCUAUACACACCACCUUCAAGCCCUGAGAUUGAAUGGUUCAAUAUGGUCUCCCAUGUUGACCCCCAUGAUGUUCAAGUUGAAGGAGGGAGUGAUUCUUGCAACAAUAUGAAGAAACCCGGCAAAGAGAAACCUUCUUACAAAAUGCAAACCCAAGAGUUGUUCAAGGUCUCUCAUUUCUCCGGUGAACAUGGAAGAAAGCUCCGAAAGUUUAUCUUUGAAGAGAGACAUUCUAAUAAAGAAAACAAAUUUGUUAAGGGCGAUAUAGCUCCUAUUCUUGAAAAUGAAGAGUUUGGGGAAUGCUACAAGCCAUUCACGGAUAAUGACAUCUCUAUCAAGGAGCCUCACCCUCACCAUCUUGCAAAUCAAUUUUCAAAUGGAUCCUCUCUAUCUCAAGCACCGGACGUGGCAUCCGAGAGACUCCAUGGUCUUCACCUUGGACUUUACGAAGGGUCAUCGGUGAAGAAUGAAAGACUCUCCAUUUGAUCUUAAGGAGUCAAGUCCAACGAAAAGACUUUUAAAGACGUGCUUGUUGGGAGGCAACCCAACAUUUCAGUUUGUGUAUCUUUUCCCUUUCCGUUUCGUUUUAUUUAAAUAGUAGCGUAGCUAGUAAAUUAGAGAUGCAUUGAAAUUGAUUGAUAAGACCUAGCCUUUCUUUUGGAUGUUUGAUUGAAUGUUUAUAUGAAUGUUUGAAAUAAGAGACGUGGAGAAAAUGAGUUGUCCUGAACAAGACGAAAAUGGCGGUUGACAGAGCAAAGAUCGCUGUCGCGAUCUUGGGUGCCCAUCCCUAUUUAAACAUUGGCAGCUUCUUUAGAUCCAAGUGCAUUCACUUUUUCACCAUUCUCUAGAUCUAUAUGUCAUGACUCUCCAACUCUCUUGACUUUUUGAACCCACCUUCUUUAAUCCCAUCUUUCAACAACUUUUGAGAAGGAUUUUCUAUUGAUUUUGGAUUCCCACCUUGUCCCCUAGCAAGAUAAGGUACACUUCUCCUUGUUUGACUUUUUUUUAAUUGCCUUAUCUUCCCAACAUGUGUUGAUGGUUUAGAGUCUUUAAUGCCCAUUUUCUACUUUGAAUGACAUCUUGAUGACAUGAGAUUGUUUUUCUUUUCGCUGAUGAACCCUCUAUUUCACUUUUGAUGUCUUGGUGGGUUGUGCUCAUGCAUUUAUACCAUCUUCAACUACCACCCACCAAGUGUUUGUGAAAAGUCCACAACCACAUAGAGUUCAUUAUUUGCAUAUUUUUGGAUUAAACAUCAUUUUCAUUGCAUGGGGUGUUGGUCAUUGAUUGUUCCUACAUCAAUUUGGGGAUAUCCUUCUUAUUAUUGUGGAGAUAUUUCUCUAUCCUAUUUUCCUCUUUUGACAAGUUCUUAGUCACGUUCAAGUGUGGGGAGAAAUUUGGAAAUUUCAUGAUACCCUAUUGUAUUCUACCCGAUUAAUGUUUAAUGUUGGAUUGAUGAUUUAUGCAUAUGCACCACUUGUUUUGAAGGAUAAUAUACAAGACUAAUGGCAUGACGCAUGGUGAUGACUCGAUAUUUGCACAUGUUUUCCCCUUUGUUUCUUGAUCGUUUAAUCUUGCAUUAUCGCUUCUUUGGCCAUUUUACGCUAGGUUGUGUUCCUUCGUCACAUUUUAGGUCCUAGUGAGUAAAGGGAGGCAUAGGCGCAAGUUUCAAGUCAAUCAGAGAUCAAUUGGCGAUUCGGGAGAAGAAACUCGGGCAUGACCUGAAGAAAAAUGGAUUUCUACAAAGAAUCAUGCAAGCUUGUCAUGAAAAUUAAUAGGACGAGACUACGAGCGUCUAGAAUCAAACGAAAACUGAUUCGGAGUCCAGACGAGGGAGAAACGAAACAUUGAAUAUAGGGGAACAGGUUCGGCGGAAGAAACACAGGCAGACUACCCUAAAAACACGACCGUGUUUCAUCUGGCACCUGCCAGUGUUUUUUAUGCCGAGCCUCUCUUGUGAAGACUGCUGAAGGGAUUUAAAACACGGGCGGGAUCAAAACACGAGCAGGACUAAACACGCCCAUGUUCCCGGCUGUGUUUCUGCCCCCUACUCGGGUAUAAGUCUAUUUUCUGUGAUUUUUGAGGGGGUAGCUGGGUUUUGGAUCCCAAACACCCAAGGGACAAACCAAAGAGAGAGAGGGCGAUUUGAGGUCACUCUUGGAGUGAAAUUGGAGGAUUUCUUUGCCUUGGAAGCUCGAGGAACAAGCCCGGACUUGAAGACUGAUCAUCUGAAUAUUUUUACUGCAGUCUCUCUCUUUUCUAUGGAGUAACUUCCCUUCACUUAGGUUUUGAGGAACCCUAGCUAUGUUUAUUUGAUUGGAUGAUUGUAUGAGUACUCUUACUUGAUAAUCUUGAGUUCAUAUUCAAUCUAUGCAUGUUUUCAUGAUUCAAUUAUUCUUUAGUCGAGAUUAUUGAUUCUGCUUUGAUCCUAUGAGAGUGAAUACCUGAUUAGGUCAAUAGAGCACCACAAAUUGA